CUUCCAGAAUCCCUGAGGAUGACAUCAGGUUGAGAAAAAACAGAGACCAAAACCGUGCCAAUUUCCUGGAGACAGCUAGUGUACUUGCUACAAAGGAGGAGAAAAUGGAAAUUGAAGUUCCAGUUUCUGAACACAAAAGCAUCACCACAGUGGCUUCACCACAUUCCGUAGACAAUCAAACCCACUUCUUUUCCCCUCCUCCCAGCCACAAUGGACUUAAGGACAGACAUGAAUCUCUGGACAGUGAAGUUGCUAAAGAGAUCAGAUACCUAGAUGAAGUGCUGGAGGCAAAUUGCUGUGAUUCUGCUGCAGAUAAUACAUUUAAUGGGACAUCCUCCCCUGAACCAAGCAUGGUCUCUGUUGUAGAUGGCUCAGGAACAUCUGUUAAUGUUACCAGCGAUUCAGUACCGAGUGAAAUGGAUGAAAAUGUCGCUAACAAGCAGACACUCUUGGUGGUUGAACAAAGUGAAGCUAGUAAAAAUGAUGAGAACCAGAAAUCUAAUGGCCAUUCUUCAGGGGGAUUGAAAGAAGACGCUAAGGAGAGUCUGAAGGUGCCAGAGAGUCCCACCUCUUCAAAUAGUUCUAGAAGAUCUUCUAAGGAUGGAGAAACAACUUUUACGACCCUGAAGAAAGAGGCUAAGUUUGAACUAAGAGCCUUCCAUGAAGAAAAAAAGCCAUCUAAACUCUUUGAAGAGGAUGAUGAGAAGGAAAAGUACAGGGUCCGGAAAGUGAGACCAUCAGAGGAAAUGAUGGAACUUGAAAAGGAAAGAAGGGAACUUAUUAAAAGCCAGGCUGUCAAGAAAAACCCUAGCAUUGCCGCCAAAUGGUGGAACCCACCCCAGGAGAAGACCUUGGAAGAGCAACUGGAUGAAGAGCAUCUGGAGUCCCAUAAGAAGUACAAGGAGCGCAAGGAGAGGCAGCAGCAGCAAGGCACAAUGCCAACAUCCCCCAAGCAGGUCAGCUACUCCUUUGUACCACCAGAGCCGGUCAAUAUCAAAAAAGAGGAUAUUGUCACAGAGCAAAUUGAUUUCUCAGCUGCUAGGAAGCAGUUCCAGCUAAUGGAGCAUUCAGGUCCAUCUCAGGGUCAGGUCCCACCAAGGCGGUCAGGGACACCCAAAAUGUUCUCCAUCAAACCGUUCUACAAGAGUCUGAGUUCUUCGCAUGUCGACAGGCCACUGUCCUCCAUUGCAAGACCUGCUUCUGUCUGUGGACAAACAGGACAGGUGGAGAAUAGUGAUGUCACUGUUGUCAAAGCACAGAAGGUCUCCUGUACCUCAGAGGAUGGUAUGAAUGCUCAGAGUAACACUGCUGAUGCAGCAAAAGAGCUACCAAGUAGUGACAGCUCCAGAGGUGGACAGACACCAAAACUGUGGCCAGAGGAUGGUGAAUUCAUGAGUGCACGAGCAAUCUUCACUGUGGUGAAGGAAGAUGGACAGGGUGUGCUAGACCAGUUCUCAAAGUCAACCAGCGCCUCUUCGCCUCCAGAUGAGUUAGACUCUGGCUUGGAUGACUUGUCUGUAAGGUCUCAGGAUACUACCGUCUUGGAGACCCUUUCCAAUGACUUCAGCAUGGACAACAUCAGCGACAGUGGCGCCUCCAAUGAGACCAUGAGUGCCCUCCAGGAAAGCUCACUGGCAGAUUUCUCCUUGCCACAGACCCCCCAGACCGACACACCUGCAGAGUGCAGAGGGGAAGGUGUUUCCAAGUCAUUCAGUGACCCAGGCUUUGACUCACCUUCUUCCACCUUGACAGACUCCAUGCUGAUCGAUGACCAGCUGGAGUAUCACGCCGGCCUGCUAGUUCAAAAUGCGAUACAACAAGCCAUAGCUGAGCAGGCAGACAAAACAAGCUGUAAGCAAGACAAAAUCAUGGCAGAGCAGGAGAUCUCAGUCAAAGAGCAGUCAGCCACUGGGCCUGUGCCACAUACUGAGGAGCAGCAAAACCCCAUGUUUGAGCCACCCCAGGUGUCUUCUCCUGUUCAAGAAAAAAGGGAUACAAUACCAAAGACUUUAGAAGAGGAAGACUCAGGACUCAGGGAACGGAAGACUUUGCAACCAUCACCCAUACCUUCAGCCAGUCAGCCAUUCCUUGUGGAGGAAAACAGGCAAGAAGUCAGCUAUUUCAGCAAGUAUUCAGAGGCAGCUGAGCUGAGGAGCACCGCCUCCAUCCUUGCCACACAAGAGUCUGAAGUGACCAUGGGUCCUUUUAAAUUACGGUCAAGGAAGCAGCGGACAUUGUCGAUGAUAGAAGAGGAAAUCAGAGCAGCCCAGGAAAGAGAAGAGGAGCUGAAGAGGCAGAGGCAAGGUCUACAGGCAGCACCCAGCCCUCUUGUGAAGAGCGCACCACCCCUGCCCAGCAGAACGGUGUCUUACAAAACUGCACCAGGGAAGAUAGAGAAGAUCAAGCCUCCUCCAUCUCCAACCACUGAGGGCCCUGUCCCGCACUCCGAGCUGCUGCCCGAGGAGGCUGCAGGAGCCCAGCGGCCGAAGAACUUGAUGGAGACCCUCAUGGAGGAUUAUGAAACUCACAAAACUAAAAGGCGAGAAAGGAUGGAUGACAGCAGUUACACCUGUAAAUUACUGUCUAGCAAGGUUACUUCUGAGGUCCUGGAGGCAACCAGAGUGAAUCGGAGGAAGAGCGCUCUGGCGCUGCGCUGGGAAGCUGGCAUUUAUGCCAACCGUGAGGAGAACGAAUAAUCGUGCUGUAGCGUGAAGAAGGCGGCUAGGGACUGCAAAACCAAAAAAA